AUGGUCGCUGAUGCAUUAAGUAGGAAGUCAUUUUUUGCCGUGAGAGCUAUGAAUACUCAGUUGUCUGUAAUCGAAUAUGGUUCGAUUCUAGUAGAGUUGAGACCUAGACCUAUGUUUCUCCAAGAAAUUUGUAAUGCUCAGAAGAGUGAUAAAGAUUUGCAAGCCAAGAUGACUCAGUGUGAGACAUUUGACAGAUCUGAUGUUCAGAUUAGUACCGACAGUUGUUUGAUGUUUCAAGAUAGGGUCUGUGUACCAAGAGAUGAUGAGCUUAUUGGGAAAAUUCUUCUCAAGGCACAUAAUAGCUGUAUAUCAAUCCAUCUAGGUAGUACUAAGAUGUAUAAUGACCUGAAGAGAUUGUAUUGA